AUGUUCCGGCGCAUCGCACUUCUCCUCCCCUUUCUCUCCUUCCUCCGCUCAUCCACCCAAGCCCUUCCGACGGAUGAUUGCCCAAUUCUUGGCCCCUCCUUCCCCUCAAACUUCGACCCAUCCAGCACCACCGUCAUUCGCGAACUCCAGUCCCGCUUCCCCGCCCAGCUCGAGUCUCUCCUCUCCUCCGGCGUAAUCAACCGCACGCACACUUCCUUCUCCAUCAAUGUUUUCUCCGCGGUCACCAACAGCUCCAUUUUCAGCUACCACCACGCCGCGCCGGGCUUGAACGGGAGCUUAACGGCGGGCGUGCUCAACGAUGACACGUUAUACCGGAUUGGCAGCGUGUCGAAACUACUCUCGGUAUAUGCAAUUCUAGUUAAGGCGGGGAUGGAGAUUUUUGAUCACCCCGUGACAAGGUAUCUACCGGAGCUGGCGGGCAAUGCGGGAAGUGAUCCGCUCGAGAGGAUUAGUUGGGAGGAGGUUACUGUUGGUGCGCUCGCCUCGCAGCUAGCGGGUACUGGGGGGAUGCAGUUCCUCACAUUAAUGCGCACCCGCAAGCGCCCUGUCGUGCCUCCGUUCGAAACCGCUCUCUACUCCGACGCUGGCUUCGGCAUUCUCGGGCGCGUGCUCGAACGGCUAACGGGCCUGCCAUACGCGGACGCAGUGCAGAGCAUUCUCUUCGCGCCGCUGGGGCUCAACGGCACUUCGGCGAGACAGCCCCGCAGGGAAGGUCUCAAUGCGGUUGUUCUACCGGGCAGUUUCGCAGAGUCCUCAUGGGGCUUCGACAACCAGAUCACUGCGCCCUCCGGCGGCCUGUACUCUAACACCGCAGACUUGCGCACAACCGGUCUCUCCAUCCUGCACUCCGCGCUCCUGCCCCCGCGCACCACUCGCGCCUGGCUGAAACCUCAAAGCCAAACCGCAUCCCUAACCACCACUAUUGGCGCGCCCUGGGAAAUCAACCGCCUCGCGCUGCCCGUUUCUCCCAGCUCGCCGCGCACCCGCAUCUCCGACCUCUACACCAAGCUCGGCGGCCAAACCGGCUAUGCCGCCGUGUUCGCGCUCUCCCCAGACCACGCGCUCGGCUUUUCCGUGCUGGUAGCCGGCCCCAGAGCCGGCAGCGCGCGCUUCCCGUUGCGCGACGCCGUCGGCGAGGCCUGGGUAACCGCCGCCGAGCACGCCGCGGCGGAGAACGCGGCGCGGAACUUCGCGGGCACGUUCGUCGACCCGUCAGUGGACGGCGCGAACCUGACGCUGACGGUGCAGCGGGAUCGCCCGGGGCUGGGCCUGGAGGCGUGGUUUGUGCGCGGCGUCGACUGGCGCGCCAACUUGACGUACCCAGCCGCCGCCCUCCCCGUCGCAAAUCUCAGUGUGCGCCUUUACCCCACCGGCCUCGUUACGCUAUCGCCUUCGUCGCCUUCCUUGAAUGCGAGCGCGGGCGCGGCGCAGCUGUCAUUUCGCGCGAUCCCGCUGUUGCUCCCGCCUGGACCGCGCGCGGCGGUGGAAGGGGGCCAGGGCUUGUUUGACAAUGGAUGCCAGAGUUGGUCUUCCGUGGAUUUUUGGUCGGUUGAUGGGUAUGGGAUCGAUGAGUUUGUAUUUGAGGUUGCGGGGGGACGGUUGGAAAGUGUGAGGAGCUUGGCGGCAGGGACAAGGAUGAGGCGGAUUGACUGA